AUGGAGUUAAAUCCUUACUUAAAGAAAAUAAGAAUAAAAAUAGGAAAAUACACGAGGCUUGGUGACAAGCACUGCUUCCACCCGCUGCUCACUUCCAGACUGAAGUCUCCUGCAGGCACCUGCAUCGAAUCCGUGAACCUGGGUCAGGGCUACACGUCUGUGCAGGGCGCUAGGAAACCACCUCCUGGCCUCUGCCUGGAGAUCAAGAGAGCUCUGUUCCUGACGGUCUGGCGGGGCCUCGCCUCUGCGCUCCCCACCGCUGCGGCCUCCAGCCCCGAGCAGCUGCGGUCACAUUACAAGAAUGUGACAUGGAUCAUAGCCCCAGUCACUGAGCCGCCGCCGAGGACUCAGCAGCCUCCCCCUCGAGCCCCCUCGCUUUCCGACGCUCCGUCACCCCCGCCCGCCUUCUCCAGCCGCCGCCUUCCGCAGACCGUUUCCACCGAGGAAAAGGAAUCGUAUCGUAUAUCUGCUAUCCAGAACCUCCACUCUUUCGACCCCUUUGCCGAUGCAAGUAAGGGUGAUGAUCUGCUUCCUGCUGGCACUGAGGAUUAUAUCCAUAUAAGAAUCCAACAGAGAAACGGCAGGAAGACCCUCACUACUGUCCAAGGGAUCGCUGAUGAUUACGGUAAAAAGAAACUAGUGAAGGCGUUUAAGAAGAAAUUUGCCUGCAAUGGUACUGUAAUUGAGCAUCCAGAAUAUGGAGAAGUAAUUCAGCUACAGGGUGACCAGCGCAAGAACAUAUGCCAGUUUCUCGUAGAGACUGGACUGGCUAAGGACGAUCACCUGAAGGUUCAUGGGUUUUAA